CUGACCCAAAUUUCAUGUCGUAGAGCAAAGAUGGUGAUGACUGCUGGGUCUCUGGCUACAACCAAGAGACUAAAAGAGCUAUUCUGACUCAAAGAGUCUAUUGUGUCCGAGCCCAAAGCUAGUCCGUCACGAGCAACUUUUUAUUUCAUUUUUCAACUUGCGCGCCAUGAAAUUAAACUCCCAGAGAAAGACUAUUCAGACAGUCUUUACUCUAAAGUCCCGACUCUUUAAACUGAACAACAUUCAGAGGAAAACGCCUGAACUAGGAUGUUACCCACCUACACUCUCUGGAGCUGUAGCCUGACCACACCUCGCCAGAAUUGUGUCCCUAUUAAUUUGUUCUCUUCCACAAGAUGAAGUUGAAGAUUUUGCUGUUUUGAGACAGUGGAGAAAGUACAAGUGGUCAGAACAGGAAAUACCAGCAGUGGAAGCUGCCCAGAGGUAGGGAAAGCAACCACCAUGAAGGCGAAAUCAGCCAAAUUUAAAUCGGAUAAAGUUUGAUUUUCAUGAGUCUCACGUCGUACACAAUGACGUGUUCUUCACAGGGAUAAUUUAAUCCUUGAUUCUAAUAAAUUGAACUCUGUGGAUGUUUUGUAAAAGCAACAUAAUCCUAAGUCUUAAACAGUCGAGGACCCCAUUUUUGUGGCUUUUAAAUUGACCCUAACAUCGGACUUGCAUCUCUUCCCCUGCAUCUCUAACAUUUCCUUGGUUGCUGUGUGCCAGCACACUAAUGAGUCAUGUAGUGGUGAGCAUGUGGACAGUAAUCUUAAGACUUUUCACCUCAAGCCUCAGACCACGUCUUCCGAGGCGCCAUGCUGCGUUCGACUCUGAAGAACGAGUUGAGGAUGAUCCAUGAGAAGAUGGAGGCCAAGAGGAUCGCUCGCAUCGCAGUGGCUGAGAUUAGGGCUUUUCUCACCCAAGAGGAGGAAGCAAGGGAGGCAGCCUGGGCGCUGAAGAAGAAGGAGCUGGAGGUGGCUGAGGAGCAACUCAGACAGGAGAGGGAAAGUGAAGAGAGGAGAAAGGAGGCAGAGAGGUUGGAAAAGGAGAGAUUGGAGAAGGAGAGGAUUGAGAAGGACAAGCUGGAAAAGGAAGCCAAGGAGAAAGCUGAGAGAGAAAGGUUAGUUCAAGAGAAGGCAGAAAAAGAGAGAAAGGAGAUGGAGAGGCUUGCUAAAGAAAAGGCAGCUAGAGAAGAAAAGGAAAGAAUGGAGAAAGAGAGGGUGGAGAGGGAAAAGGCAGAGAGGGAGAAACAGGAGAAAGAAAGAGUGGAAAGGGAGAGGGCUGAAAAGGAAAGGCUUGAGAGGGAACGCAUUGCAAAAGAAAGAGAAAGAACAGAGCGGGAGAAGCACCAAAAAACCAACAUGGAGGUGAGCUGA